GUCGACAACCCGCGGCACCGUCGGUUGGUCGGUGUUGACCCUGUGGCGGUGCGUAACCAACGGCUCGGUGGUACGGUCGCCGCCGGGAGAGCUAUUCAAACUGGAAACACUUCGCGGAGAAGCGAAAAAAAAAAUUCCCCGGCCUUUGCAUGUCUACUUUCGGGUCGGCUCGUCCUAAGUGUCCGGGACCCGGCGAAGAGCGGAGCCGAUGUUUGACCUCAGAAGCCCGGGGCUUUUCACCGAACUUGCGUGCUGACUCCCGGCUAUGGGCUAGCUACAACUUCUCCAGCGCGCCUCAGUGUCCACAGCGUGCGAGAGUUAACCCGAGAGCGAGGGACUUAAACUGACGCUGCCUCCGCUUUACAACAUGCCGCUAUUUUACAAGACAACGGACGAGUGGACCCCUCGCUGCCCCACCGUUGAGGCCACAGACGUGCUUUUAGCGGCGUGAUUCUGUUGUGUGUGAUUCUAUGCUCCUCCAUGCCUUUGUCGGCAUCUAAUGGAAGAAAAAGCACUGAUCAGGUCCACCAUGGUAUCCAGACUGCCUAAAUUCGGUGGACGCUCCUCAGCUGUUGGCGCUAGCCCCUUGUCCAAUGGUUCAACCCAGUCAACCACCACUACCCAGGAUGGCAAGACCACUCCCCCAGGAACACGCCCAAAUGGUGUUAUCCGUGCCUCUCCUUUUACCCUAAAAUGGAAGAGAGAUGAGGGGCUGACCCUCUCUAGCCCCACCACAUCCACCAGCCCUGGGGACGGAGAUGAAGACAAGGCUCAGACACAGCUUCCCCCAUUGGUAAAGGAGAUAAAGAAUGGGUCUCCAGGGACGCCUAAGAUACGGAGGUCAGGUACUUUGAUGGUUGCCGUCUCUAGCCCCAAGGCCAUCCCUAAGCAAUGCUCGAAGAUGAGUCCCAAAGUAGGGACCAAGCUAGGCCAAAGCCCACUGAAUGGAGGUACUAAAAUGGGCCAUAAUGAGUCCAGCAUUCCUCCUCGAACAGGGUCAGAUUCCCGCCUUGUUCGGCCAAGGUUAGGCUCCAGCUCUCCCAGAAGCAGCUCUCAAGACAGCCUGUCCCAGUCCAGUGACAGCCUGAAGACCUUGGCACUGGACAACAUGGUGCGUUCAAAUAGCUUCACUCACUUCAAACAGAUUCCCUCCCCCACAAGCCAGCCUAUGACACGGUCCUUCUCCUUUAACCGGGCUGUGGAGCUAGCCAAGCCCCUGGCCAACACUCAGCUCCGGCCUCCUCGGAGUACUUUCCUCAAACCCCCUCAGCUGAGCAAUGGAAGAUUGGGUUUAGGACUUGGAGCCCUGAAUGGCAGCCUGGGAGGUUCAGGAGGUCUAGGUGGAGGACUUGGAGGACUUCAGUACAGCAGAACUCCUCCAGCUGCCUCCUCUUUGCCUACUGCUUCAAUCCCUCCAGCACCCACUACCCCCAGUACUCUAAAGAAGCCUCUGCUUCCCAGUUGUGUGCUGACCAAGUCAUUGGGCAGCAAUGGGGGGUCUUUGGGCCACAGGCUGGCUCGACCUGGGCAGGCCAGGCAGCAGAAACCUCUUUUUCCAGGUAGGGUCAAGGGGGAUAUAAGAUCUUCAGCUGCCCCUGAGUGUGGAGAGCUGUUAGGCAUAGCAAUAGACAUUGAGCCGACUGGUGAGGCUGAAAAAGCAGACUCUCAAAGUGAUGAUGAUGGAAACUCUGGAGAUGGAGGAGGAAAAGGAAGCGGAAGUGGUGUGCUCAGGCACAGCUUUGGCCAGGCAGCAGGCGAGACUCUGGAGGACAUGUCCCUAUCAUCUGCCUCAUCUCUAGACAGAGGUGAAACCAGUGAGGAGUUUUUAGAUGACUUUGACAGUGUGGGAGAUGUUCUCAGUGAUGGGAUUAUGCCUGACAACAGGAAAACUGGGGGCACUACCCAAACCUGCCUUCACAGCUUUCUCAAUGAGACCAUUGACUGGGACACUAUAGAUCUGGCAGGAAAUAAGGAAGAAAGCCCAAUGCAGGACUCCCAGGGACCACUGGUGUUGUCUCCAGAGCGAGGUGAUGUCCCCCAGGCUUCAUCUGUGGAGCUGUCGCCCUCCAACAGCUCUGGUGGAACUUACAUGUGGGAUGAGGAGGGUCUUGAGCCCAUUGGGGGGCCUGGGACUCAUCCAUUAGACAGCUAUGAUGAUUCAGAGCUCAACAGCAUGGAUAUCCUGAACAACCUGGACCCUCGGGGAACUGGAGAGUUGGAUGAUGAUGACCUCAUGCUAGAUGUGGACCUCCCAGAGGAUGGCUUGCCUGACGUUGACAGGAUGUCCCACAUUGAGCGCUCCGAGAGGGCCGGUCGGCAGGGGCAGCGGCAUAAACACCACCGCUGGAGUGGACCAGAUCGCUUCCACAAUGAUAGCAGGGCCCGUGUCUUCCAGCACUAUGAUGGACUCAAGUCUUCAAGGAUUCCUUCACGGCCCGUCCCUUCUGAAGGCAGGCAGCAUGGCUACAUGGCGAUGCUGGAUGAACUCACACUCGAACACAUGACUCAAGAUUGUAGCUCGCUCAAGAACCAGCUGCUUAGGCUCAAAACAUUACUACAGCUUGAGGACACAGACUCUCCAGCAGAUGCUCCUGAGGAGAUUGAAGACAAUACCACUGCAUCACAGUUGGAAGAGCUGAUUAGGGAAGUGCAGGUGCUCAGAGAGGAGCUGAGGAGUCGAGACAAGACCAUUGCUCAGCUCACACUGCAGUGUCAACAGCUACAACAACAACAUCAGCGGGAACAAAUGCCUGCUCAAGGACGUCAGGUCAGGUGUCAGUGCCACCACCAGAGGGCUCCCUCUUCACUACGACAGAGCGACAGACAGAUGGACAAACGGAUGCAGCAUCACUAUGACAAGGCCACCCAGACAUAUUGGAGACCACCCAGCCAUGCUGGUGUGCUGCCCACCCCCAUGCUGUCCCCGUGGCAGGCACAGCACCAGGGCUUGACCCGUACCAGUAUGCCCCAGCGCAGACAGAUCUCAACUACUACAGCCUUUCAGCCCCUGUCUCAACGAGCACCUCCACCAGGGAAGAAUAAUAAAAACUCCCCCCACCGUGGGCCACAGUGACCUCACAAGGAGUAGAUCAGAGGCAGGAACCCAUAUAUAUGCUGACCGUCCUCUUGAAGGCCUAAUGGCAGAUGUGUCCGGCCCGACUGACCCCGACAAGCUGAGUCAU